AUGGGUGAAGAAGAAGAUCGGCAUGGGGGUGGCCACCUUCACGCUGAAAUCGUCUCAUGGGUGAAGAAGAAGAUCGGCAUGGGGGUGGCCACCUUCACUGCAGCCGACGUCGCCAAAGCGGCUCCUCUCAUCGAAUCCUCCGCGGCGGUUACCGUUGGCUUUUUCGCUUCUUCCGAUGCACCAGAGGCUGUUGCGUUUAACGAAGCAGCCAAGGAGACGGACGGCGUGGAGUUCGUGCUGACGACUGACGCCGACGUCGCUGCUGCGUUCGGCCUUGGCAAGGACAAGAAGCCCGCCGUUGCGAGUGUUAAGAAGGAAGAGGAGAAAUUCGUCGUCUUCGACGGCGAGUAUACCAAAGAGGCCAUUGCCGCGUUUGUGACAGCCAACAAGCUGCCGCUGCUCAUCACCUUUUCUGAGGAGACCUCGGCCAGCAUCUUCGCAGGGGAUAUCAAGAAGCAGGUGAUGCUGUUCGCCCCGCACGAGGACUACCUCAAGGUCGAGCCGGCCGUGGCGGCAGCAGCGAAGCAGUUCAAGGGCGAGCUGGUGUUUGUGUUUGUCAACGGGUCGGACUCGGAGUCGCAGCCAGUGCACGAGUACUUCGGCACGGACCCCAAGGAGACCUCGGUGAUGGGCUUCUUUAUGGGGGAUGAAGAGGACCCCGCGUCCACAGCUGGGGGGCUCAAGUACCGCAUGAAGGAGGCGAUCACUGAGGCCAGCAUCAAGGAAUUCGCCAAGAGCUUCAUUGCUGGGGAUCUGAAGCCCUUUUACAAGUCCGAGCCUGCUCCUGAGAAGAACGACGGUCCAGUGACUGUGGUGGUGGGCGAUACUUUCGAGGAGAUUGUGCUGGACGAGAGCAAGGACGUGCUGGUGGAGGUGUACGCCCCCUGGUGCGGCCACUGCAAGUCGCUCGAGCCCACCUACAAGAAGCUGGGGAAGCGAUUCGCGUCGGUGGACUCUGUUGUGAUUGCCAAGAUGGACGGCACGGCCAACGAGUACCCUGGGCUGGAGGUUGAGGGCUUCCCAACCAUCUUCUUCUAUCCGGCAAAAAAGAAAUCCGACCCAGUGAAAGUGCAAGCCACGAAGCUGAAGCAGUUCAUCAAGGUGAUUGUUGAGAACGCUGCAAUCAAGUUUGAACUGCCCGCCAAGGAGAAGGAAUCAGCAGCAGCAGCUGACGCAGAGGCAACUACUGAUGCUCCUGGGGAAGAUGUGAAGGACGAGCUAUGA